AUGUCUACCUCGAUUUUAAAAACCCAUUAUUGGCGGGGUGCCACCAUUUUAACACCUGGACAGAUUGAAGAAAUUAGACAUCUCAAAAAUAAGGUCCCGGUGUAUAUGAUAGUAAAUGAGUACCAUAUUAAUAAAGAUUGUAUUCAUGAUAUAUGGAACGAUUCUGAGCAUUCACAGCAAAAUGGAAACCACUUUUUUAAGGAGCUUAGGAAAGCACAAUCUAUCUCUUCAGAGAAUGGUUCAGAAGUUCAUGCUAAACAACCUUGCGAAGCGUCUGAUGAGUCAACUCCAAAAGAAUCAUCUGAGGUUGUGGGGAACUCUUUGGGACCAUCACCUGCUGAUAUGAAUGUGCAAGAAAAGUAA